CAAACACCGAGUUUCCGGGGGGGGGGGAAGGCUUAGGCUGUAACACCAAGCCCAGCCUCCUCCUCCACCCCUCACCACGCUCAACCCCCUCCCUCCCCGCCACCACUGGCGAUCGCCCGGCAGCAGGGAAGGAAGAAAGGAGCCCAGGAGGCAGAGGCAUGGAUCCACAGCCCCCUCCACCUGCCCAGGGCAGCCCACCUCACCGUGGCCGAGGCCGUGGCCGUGGCCGCGGCCGUGGGCGAGGCCGUGGUCGUGGCAGAGGGGGUGCUGGAGCCCCUCGAGCCCCUCUGCCCUGCCCCACCUGUGGUCGUCUCUUCCGCUUCCCUUACUACCUGUCUCGACACCGGCUGAGCCACUCGGGCCUCCGGCCCCACGCCUGCCCCCUGUGCCCCAAAGCUUUCCGCAGGCCUGCCCACCUUUCGCGCCACCUUCGUGGCCACGGGCCCCAGCCGCCGCUGCGCUGCGCUGCCUGCCCACGCACCUUCCCGGAGCCGGCCCAGCUCCGGCGCCACCUGGCCCAGGAGCACGCGGGCGGCGAGGUGGAUCUGUCCACACAGAGGGCGGUGAAGGAGGAGCCUGAGCCCAGUUGGGGUCCGCAGGACGAGGGCGUGGGGCAGCCUGCCGUGGUGGUGGCCGGUGCAGAGGACACAGCAGCAGUGUGGCCCGAAGCGUGGCCCGCGGGGGACCCGGCCCCGGUGGCUGCCCCCACAAACACCGAUCCUCGGGAAUCAGAAGCCGAGGCGGCCGAGCCGGGGGCAGCGGAGCUAAGGGCAGAGUUGGCCCUGGCCGCGGGGCGACAGGAGGAGAAACAGGUCCUCCUCCAGGCUGACUGGACGCUGCUGUGUCUCCGCUGUCGCGAAGCCUUUGCCACGAAGGGAGAGCUCAAAGCACACCCGUGUCUGCGCCCCGAGGGCGAACAGGAGGGCGAAGGGGGACCCCCACCGCGUCCCAAGCGACACCAGUGUUCCAUCUGCCUCAAGGCCUUUGCCCGGCCCUGGUCCCUGUCGCGUCACCGGCUAGUCCACUCCACCGAUCGGCCUUUUGUGUGUCCAGACUGCGGCCUGGCCUUCCGCCUGGCCUCCUACCUCCGCCAGCAUCGCCGUGUCCAUGGCCCUCUCAGCCUGCUGGCCCCGCUACCCGGAGCCGGCAAGAAGGACGACAAGGCCGCAGGUGGACGGAACUCAGGGAAAGGGCCUGAGGGGGGCGAAGGGGCAGAAUGUGGGGGUGCAUCCGAAGGGGGUGAAGGCGGGCAGAAUGGAGGAGAUGCCACCCCAGCCCGGCCUCCAGCGGGGGAGCCGCGUUUCUGGUGUCCGGAGUGUGGCAAAGGUUUCCGACGCCGGGCACACCUGCGCCAGCACGGGGUCACCCACUCCGGGGCACGCCCUUUCCAGUGCGUGCGCUGCCAGCGGGAGUUCAAGCGACUAGCGGACCUGGCCCGCCACGCUCAAGUCCACGCCGGGGGUCCUGCCCCUCACCCAUGCCCGCGAUGCCCGCGCCGUUUCUCCCGCGCCUACAGCCUUCUGCGCCACCAGCGCUGCCACCGCGCAGAGCUCGAAAGGGCAGAGCUGGAGAGGGCCGCAGCACUGCAGUCGCUCCAGUCCCAGGCCUCACAGUCGCCCCAGCCUCCGCCGCUUAAACAGGAGGUCGAAGGGUUCCCUCUGUCCGUCUCCCACAUCAAGGAGGAGCCUUCCUCACCUGGCACCCCACCCCAGUCCCCGCCGGCUCCUCCUGUCUUUCUCAGCGCCUCCUGUUUUGACAGCCAAGACCAUUCAGCUUUUGAGAUGGAGGAUGAGGAGGUGGACAGCAAGGCCCACCUACGCGGAUUGGGGAGCCUGGCCUCCUGACCCUCACAUCCACCCUCCGCCCUUCCAGUUGAGCUCCCGGUUUGCAGUAAAAAAGAAGAAAGCUGAAGGAGAGGUGCCUCCUCUGCUACCCCUGAGCCCUGGGUCAUUCUCCUUCCCCUUUACUCACCCUUAGACCCCUAUGCUGGUUAGGAACCUCUCACCAACGCGUGUCGAAAGUAAGGCAGGACAAGGCGGAGAACACUUGGCUAGAGGGUCGGAGACUGCUGGGUUUGUCCCAGCCUGCCCGUUCCCCAUUACAAACACUGGAAACUGCCACCUCUUUGGAACUGCCAGACCCUGGGGGCUCCCAGUGAGAAAGGUCUGCCCUCGUUCCUCUGUCUCUGUGAAUAAAUGUGAGUUCGUGCAACCCA